CCCAUCCCAGCCAAACGGAAAAAGAGUUCGUUCAUUGCCUUACACAGUCAGCGUACGUACGUACGUGUUGGUCAACAGACCACCGCACCGGUCGGUCACACGACAUGUCGCACCGCACCCACUGAGUCCGUCUGGCCUGUCUACACAACCCACCCACCCAGCAUGCCUGCAUGCCUACACACGGUCGAGGAUUCCCUCCCUCCCUCCUUCCUCAGGUCGGUCGGUCGGUCGGUCUUGGGUGGACAAGACUCAGCCACGCACACGCAUCGCAUCGAUGGAUGUGACGGAUGGAUGGAUGGACAUGUCGCACAUUGGAGGGGUAGCUAGACUCGCCUGGCUUUACCCACAUUGAGGAAGAUCCGCACCCGCCCACGCCAACUCGCGGCCACGAACCCCACGUACUCGGCUGUGUACCUGACGCCAACGAGAUAACGACCACACCGAGAUAGCCACACUGUCCACACGUCAGUCACGUCUGAUUAAUGGGAUCGCAUCGCGUUCAAGUUGGUACCGUACUGUACAUACAUACCCAUUGUCGGCCAAGAGGAGCGAAUCAUUUCUGGUGAAGGCUUGAGAGGGUGCCUUUGUGACGUGUCCUCCCUCUGGCUGUGCGUGGCUGGCUGCCCUGGAGAUGCCCCCCGCGCUCCUGCCGGUGGGUAGUACCCCUCCUGGCCUGCCCCGCCACAGCUGAUUGAGUGGGCCCCGCCUCCUGCUCUCCGAUGUCUGCCCCAGCUGCGACGGGGGCAGUGGAGGCACGCCGCGAGCUGAAUAUGACACAUCGCUCCGGGGGGUCGGCGGGGGGUCUUCGGCCACGCAAGGCAUGGACGACUCUGGCUGUGUGGCUGAUGGUGCUGCCGAGGGCGGUGGUGCAGGGACGACUGACGAGGGGGAACGGGUGGCAUGCUGUGGGGGGUGGAACACCUCGUUGACCAGCAAACUGACAAACGAUUGAGGGGCCACGAUACAGGCUGUCAACACCUCGUCAAAAGCUGCAAUGCAAACAGACGCCACACACACACAGACACAAGAUCUUGAUCACAGACAGACAGACAGACGACACAGCUCGAGGGCUCUAGUGCUCUGGGCGUCUGUCUGUCCUGUGUCUGUCGACCUCGGAAGCAUUCGAAGGCGGCAUUAGUGGUCUUCUUGCUGAACCCAAACCUGUUUCAUUCAACCGCAGACGAGACAUGGAAUCCAAUUGAUCCACCAGGGGGCAGGUGUGUGUGUGUGUGUCGAUUGGCUGCUGUGUGAGCGACUGACUGACUGACUUAGGAUUGAUGGCGGGCACUGUCGGGUUUUGUACGUCCCACAGGAAAAUCAAACCGUUCUCCGAGCCACAGAUGACGUGCUCCUCAGUCGGGCUGCCAGACAGACAGACAGACGGCCAACCAACCAGAACGCACGUUGGUGAGUGAUUGGAUGUGUGUGCGCUGCCCUUACGAGAAUGCGGCGUGAAGCGAGAACUGGUCGUUGACAUGUCCCUUGAACUUGGACACAUCAGACAAGUCCUGAAACAAGGAGACGAUAGGGUCGCAGUGAGCUCUUUGGCAGCUCAUCUCAGCUGAGCUGACCGCGAGUGAGAUGAGUCUGAUUCUGGAGUCCGUGGUGGUGACGCAGAGCCCCGUGCUGUCCUUCUUCCACACGAGUCCGCUCACUUUCUUCCCCUUGGCGUGCUUCCCACGACGAUUGCGACAGUCCUUGGCGUAGCGAAACUUGAGCGUCUGCACAGGACAGGACAGGACAGGUCAGCCACACACAAGCCAAGAAAGUGCCCAGUCCUCCCGGUGAUUGAGUGAGAGUGACGGCAGUGUUUGCUCAACGUGCUGUGCUCAAGCAAGUCAGUACCCACCCACAUACCUUAGCGUCGUAGAAGACCACACUGCCCUUCCGGCAGCCAACCGCCAACAAACUGCCACUGAAAAAAGAAUGAAAACCAGAGCGAAGCGAGAACCUGACCUGACAGACGCUGUGGUCUGUGGUGCCCUCCCUCUCCCCUCGCUGACUCAGUGACUCACUCACUCAGGAGAGAUAGAGAGGGAGGUGACCCACUCAUCCACGUUGAUUCGUUCGAUGAUUUUGCCCUCGUAGAGCAGGUCCUUGUCCCCCCUCUCCCCUUGGCCACCGACGUUGCCGCUGCUGGGGCCCCUGCUCUUGGCCAGGGGCUGUAGGCGCCACACUUGGAUGGCCGCCUCCAACGUGCUGGAAAAGACCACAUCCUGCCCACACAUCACAUUCAUGCAUUCAUAUACACACACAUACACAGCACAUAGAUAGGUCACGAGGGGUUGGGGGUGGAUGAUACGGAGAUCCCAUCCAUCCAUCCGUCCGUCCCAGUCUACCUUGUAGAGUGGAUUGAAGGCCGCCGCAGUGGGGUAGUCGGGACACUGAAGACAUGCAAUGGCCCCAUCUCGAUCGACACGCCACAAGCGGACAGUCUUGUCCAAGCUUGUCGACAGAAGCCGCUGAUUCUGCCAGCAAGAAGAGAGAGACACGCCAGGCAAAACACACAAAAAUCUGUGUCCAUCUCGUUGGCUGGCUGGCUGGCUACCUUACUGACUGACUGAGUACUCUGUCUGCCCCAUCCGAUCCCUCCUCCCUCUGCUGUCCCUCCCACCGACCUGCGGCCUCGGGUCCCAGCACAGCAUGAUGAUGGAUGCUUUGUGCCCCCUGAGUGUCCUGGGAGGCAUCUCGGCAGAGGAACCGCCGCUGCUUGACGCAUCCGUGCUGUGAGUGGAUAAAGCUGUGCCAUCGAGCCCCCUGGGAAGCGGAACCGGAGCUGGCGCCGAGUCUGUCGUCGCCUGGUCGUCGUCGAGCGGCAUCGAGUCGGAGUCACGCGACCUCGCGCGCCGGAUGCUUUCCUCUUUGGGCGGUGGGGGCGGGGGCGACAGCGGCGCAGACAGGUGCUCUGAAUGAGUGAUCAAUAACGCACACAGAGGCUGGGGUGUGUAUGUACGUAGGAUGCAAGUGUGUUUGGACGUGUCGUGAGCACACCCCGCACCCACCCACCCACCCACCCACCCUUGAGGUUCCAGAGCCUGAUGGCCCCAUCCAUCCCCCCCGCCGCCAGCCACCGGCCGUCAGGUGAGAUCGCCAGAGACCACACGGGGCACUCCUCGGGCAGCUUCAGCUGACGCACCAACCAUACGCUGCUCAACUCCUGAACGAAUGAAUAAACAACAAAAUGGACCAAGGCACGACAGACGGGCGUAUAUAUACGUCCACACUACGGGUGAAGCAAGCGUCUCGACCACCGGGCUCUCACCUUGAAGGGCUUGUUCGCCGUGCGCACAGGAACAAGGCGGCUACCUUCCACCUGCAGCGAGUAGAAGAACAAGUAUAUAUAGAGUCCACACACAUCAGUUAGGUGGAGGAAACACACUGCAUUUGGGCAUUCAUUCUUCCUUGGUCACCUCCGGGUCAGGGAGCGCCCCUGCAGUCCCGUGUCGCUUCUUCCCCCGCUUCACGUCAGCUGAAGCAGCGCUCUGCACACACACACAACCGACAACACGUCGGGCAGAAUUGACCAGCCGGCCACUCGUCCUUCCCUCCGCCCUUUCCCUUACGGCAGCAGGCCCCCCGGCUCCCUGCUCCUCAGCGGUUGUGGGAGUUAGGUUGAUAUCUGACGAUGCAUUGGACGUCCUCUGCUCUACCAGCAUGUCGCCACUGUCCUCUGCCGGGAUGCGACCGCUUGACCGGGCGGCAGGCACGCCACCGCGACCUCUGAACGGGUUGAAGCGAGAUAGAAGGUUCUUGCCUCCUCGUUUGGCAUCCCUUGGGUCCGUGCUGUGCCCUCCCUCAAGAGACCCGGCAUCCGGGUUGGUUGACAUAUCUACACACAGAUAGAUGACGAUGGCGCAUCCAGCGAGCACACGAGGCAUGUAUGUCGUUGACUCCCGUCAGCCACCCCACCCCGCCUGCUCUCAUCUUUCCUUUACCCACUUACCUACCUGAGAUGGACGCCUGAUCGAAGGCAACUGAAGUGGCAGUGCGGUUGAGGGUCUGGUUCAUGAGCUCCGCCUGGUUCUUGCUGAAGGUGUCGAAGAGUUCAUUCUGUGCCUCCAGGUACUCGAGUGAGACGACCUGCCUCCUAGCCAUGCCGGUGUCGUCGAGAUUGCUGAGCAGCAGUGCCGACCUGUCCUCAGACCGAGUGUCGUCAUCGAGCAGAGGGCUGCCCUCGGAACCCCCGUCAGUCCCCGUCCCCUCCUUCUUGGAAUCAUUGUCGUCGCUGUCCGCCCCUUCCUGACCCUCUUCGUCCAGGUCACCCUCUCCUGCCUUGGCCAGGCUGGCAGCCAGCAACUCAGUCGCAGACGCUCUUCUGUCCGGCGACCGGCUCGCUGCGGGCGCCUCGUAAGCCGUCACCAUGCUGGCAUUCAACGAUGAGGACAGCAGCUCGAAUGCCGAUGAUUGGGAGAUGGCCGAGGCAUCGUCAGCGGUGUUUUCGGCAAAAGACACCCUUCUUGGUUUGUCGGAGGUCGACGGGGAGACCGACGAAGGAGAUGACUUGGAGUCCGACGUGGCAUGCCACGGAUGAGCACCAUGGAUAUCGGGGCUCGAACCGUCGUCUGUGGGCGCAAUGAAGGGACACCACCAGCAGACCAACACACACAUGAGUCAGAUGAGCGAAGGGAGGAAGGAAGGAAAGAGCCUGCCUGCCUUCACUGAGUUGCCUAAAUGAAACGCACCUCUACGCUCUCCUCCACUUGCGAGCAGCAUAUCAGGUGCAUUGGACGAGGUCGACGUGCCUCUGGGCGACUCCUCAUCCUUGCAUGGUGCAGAUUCAUCAUCGGCCGACAGGGAUUGUGAACGCCAGGCGCUCAUGUGGCUGUCGCGCUGGUUCGGCACCGCACACGCCCGGAAGCGACGGAUGAGAUCCGACUCGGCUUCGACGACCGUUUGCUCCGCUUGAGCCCUGGCGUCAUCCAGAUCAACUGAAUCUCGCCACUGAAGGGCAGGCAUCAGGCCGAAGAGCUGCUCGUCGGUCGAAUGGCGGCCGGACGAUGAGUCAUCCAGAGAUUCGGAUGAACCGCGAAUAGGAAGCGCUUCUUGGUCGGACAUGGUCCUCAAACCCGACUCCCGCCGCCAGUCG